AUGACACAGUCCAUGCAAAUGACAGAGGAACUUGAUGAUUGUUUCUUGAGAACGGCGGGGAACAUCAUGAAAUACUACGACAAUAACGAAGAGAGGCAAGAUGUAUUGAAGCAGUUAAGAGAAGCCUUAAUUGACAAUUGUAAGGAAUCUGCUAGAAUAAAGGAUGCAGAUGAUAUCAGAGAGUACCUGGAAACGUCUGGGCCCCAAGAAAAAGAUGUGAAAAACAUCACAACAGAAUAUAAAAAGGCUAUAUCUGAAAUUCAAGUUAAUCCGUUAGAAGAUAGAAGACUGUUGCAUUAUGAUCGUCAAAUUGAAGAUCUACAUCAAGCCAAUGAAGCUGAAUCUAACAUACCAGAUGAUGCAGACGUUGAUUUACGGAUGGUAAGCAGCAAUAUAAAUGUGAUUGAUCCAAUUACGAAAAUGAGAAUGACCGAUCCUGUACGAAAUGCAGUCUGCGGUCACGUAUACGAUAAAUCAAGCCUUGUCGCGAUGUUAGAAAAGAACAAGAACACUAGAUGUCCAGUGGUGGGUUGCACCAGCUUGGAUUAUAUAGAUUUAAGUCAAUGUCGCUCUGACAUUGUGACUAAAACAUAUCUGGAGAACAAUCCUGCUUAGAUUUGAGAGCAAUGGAUAUAAAACUAUCUAUGAAUACAUAUGUUAAAGUCGAAUGUACAUUCCGCGUGUGUAUAUA